CAUGGCGCUGCUGGGGCCUGUGAUCUGGGACCCUAGACGAGAUGUCUACCUCCUGUUGCUGCUACUGUUGCUGCUGCUGCCGCCCUGGGUGCCGGCUGGGCUGGUUCCUUCAGAGAUCCCAAGUGCCUGUGCCUCAGACCCAUGUGCUCCAGGGACUAAGUGCCAGGCUACAGAAAGUGGUGGCUACACCUGUGAGCUCUCAGAGCUUGGAGGCUGUGCUAGUCAACCAUGCCACCACGGUGCACUGUGUGUGCCCCAGGGCCCAGAUCCUAACAGCUUCCGUUGCUACUGUGUGCCUGGAUUCCAGGGACCCCACUGUGAACUGGACAUCGAUGAGUGUGCCUCCCGGCCUUGCCACCAUGGGGGCACCUGCCGAAAUCUGGCGGAUCACUACGAGUGCCACUGCCCCCUGGGCUAUGCAGGCGUGACGUGUGAGGCCGAGGUGGACGAGUGCUCGUCAGCGCCCUGCCUGCACGGAGGCUCGUGCUUGGACGGCGUGGGCUCCUACCGCUGCGUGUGCGCGCCGGGAUACGCCGGUGCCAGCUGCCAGCUGGACGUGGACGAGUGCCAGAGCCAGCCGUGUGCGCACGGUGGCGUGUGUCACGACCUGGUCAACGGUUUCCGGUGCGACUGCGCGGACACGGGUUACGAAGGCCCGCGCUGUGAGCAGGAGGUGCUGGAGUGCGCCUCUGCGCCCUGCGCGCACAACGCGUCCUGUCUCGACGGCUUCCGGAGCUUCCGCUGCCUCUGCUGGCCAGGCUUCAGUGGAGAGCUGUGCGAAGUGGAUGAGGAUGAAUGUGCAUCGGAUCCCUGUCAUAACGGGGGCCGGUGCUUACAGCGCUCUGAUCCGACUUUGUAUGGGGGUGUUCAGGCCACCUUCCCGGGAGCAUUCAGCUUCAGCCACGCUGCUGGCUUCCUUUGCAGCUGUCCUCUGGGCUUUGCCGGGAAUGACUGCAGCGUGGAUGUAGAUGAGUGUGCCUCAGAGCCAUGCCUCAACGGAGGGAGCUGCCAGGAUCUGCCCAAUGGUUUCCAGUGCUACUGCCAGGAUGGAUACACAGGCCUGACAUGUCAGGAAGAUAUGGACGAAUGCCAGUCGGAACCAUGCCUGCAUGGUGGAACCUGCAGCGACACUGUAGCGGACUACAUCUGCCAGUGCCCGGAGGCCUGGGGUGGACAUGACUGUUCUGUGCAGCUCACAGGCUGCCAGGGCCACACCUGCCCACUGGCUGCCACCUGCAUCCCCACCUUCAAGUCUGGCCUCCAUAGUUAUUUCUGCCGUUGCCCACCUGGGACCUCUGGGCCUUUCUGUGGCCAGAAUACUACCUUCUCGGUUGUGGCUGGCAGUUCAGUGUGGGGAUUGGUGCCAGAUGGUUCCUCCCUGGGUCUGGCACUGAGAUUUCGUACCACAAUACUUGCUGGAGCCCUAGCUACUCUCAAGGACAGUUGGGACAGCUUGGAGUUGGUUCUGGUGGGGGCCAUGCUCCGGGCCACACUCUGGAGUCAUGGUACUGCUAUGCUUGUCCUUACAUUGCCAGACGUAGCCUUAAAUGAUGGGCACUGGCAUCAGGUGGAGGUGGCACUCCACCUGGGAACCCUGGAGCUGCGGCUCUGGCAUGAGGGCUGCCCUGGCCAGCUCUGUGUGGCCUCUGGUUCUGUGGCUACAGGUCCUACAGUCUCGGUGGCCUCUGGGCCUCCUGGGCCUUACUCCAUCCAUCUGGGUGGCAGGGCCUUUGCAGGCUGCUUCCAGGAUGUGAGUGUGGAAGGACACCUUCUGCUGCCCGAGGAGCUCAACGGAAAUGUGCUCCUGGGUUGUGAGCGCAAGGAACCUUGCCAGCCUCUGCCCUGUGUCCAUGGAGGGGCCUGCGUGGACCUGUGGACUCACUUCCGCUGUGACUGCCUGAGACCCUACUAUGGGUCCACAUGCACUGAUGAGGUUCCUGCUGCCACCUUUGGCUUGGGCGGUGCCAUGAGCUCAGCCUCCUUCCUGCUCCACCAGCUGCUAGGCCCAAACCUCACUGUGUCGUUUUUCCUCCGCACCCGUGAGCCUGCCGGCCUGCUGCUCCAGUUUGCCAACGAUUCAGUUGCUAGCCUAACCGUGUCCCUGAGUGAGGGCCAGAUCCGGGCUGAGGUGCUGGGUCACCCUGCUGUGACCCUCCCUGGGCGCUGGGAUGAUGGACUCCCCCACUUGGUGACACUCAGCUUUGGGCCUGACCAGCUAAAGGACCUGGGCCAGUGGCUGUAUGUGGGUGGAAGGUUCUACCCUGAGGACACCCAGCCCUGGGGUGGGCCCUUCCGAGGCUGUCUCCAGGACCUACAGCUCAACGGCAUCCACCUCCCCUUCUUCUCUUCCCCGAUGGAGAACUCAAGUUGGCCCAGUGAACUGGAAGCCGGUCAGUCCUUCAACAUCACCCAGGGCUGUGUCUCUGAGGACACAUGCAAUCCCAAUCCCUGUUUCAAUGGUGGAACGUGCCACGUCACCUGGAAUGAUUUCUACUGUACCUGCUCCGACAACUUCACAGGGCCCACCUGUGCCCAGCAGCGAUGGUGCCCCAGGCAGCCGUGCCCUCCGCCUGCCACCUGUGAGGAGGUUCCAGAUGGCUUUGUGUGUGUGGCCGAGGCUACGUUCCGCGAGGGCCCUCCUGCUGUGUUCACAGGCCACAACGUGUCCUCUUCGCACGCUCUCAGCGGGCUCACCCUGGCCUUCCGCACGCGGGACCCGGAGGCUGGGCUGCUGAGCGCCGCCUCCGCCGCGGGUGCUCACUCCAACAUCUGGCUGGCGGUGCGUAACGGCUCGCUGGCUGUAGACGUGGCGGGCUCGGUGCUGCCCGCGCCCGGGCCGCGCGUGGCCGACGGCGCCUGGCAUCGCGUGCGCCUAGCUCGGGAGUUCCCAGAGGCCGCUGCCUCGCGCUGGCUGCUGUGGCUGGACGGCGCGGCGACACCCGUGGCUUUGCACGGCUUGGGCGCGGACCUGGGCUUCCUGCACGGUCCGGGUGCUGUGCCUCUGCUACUGGCCGAGAACUUCACAGGCUGCCUGGGCCGCGUGGCGCUCGGCGGCCUCCCGUUACCCUUGGCCCCACCGCGGUCCGGCGCGAUGUCUGGGGCGCGCGAGCACUUCGUGGCCUGGCCCGGGUCUCCGGCAGUGAGCCUCGGCUGCCGCGGCGGGCCCGUAUGCACGCCCUCGCCCUGCCUGCACGGCGGCGCCUGCCGCGACCUCUUCGAUGUCUUCGCUUGCUCCUGCAGCCCGGCCUGGGAAGGACCCCGCUGCGAGGUCCGCGCUGACCCAUGUCGCUCUUCGCCCUGUGUCCGGGGCCAAUGCCAUGCGCGCCCGGACGGCCGCUUCGAGUGUCGCUGCCCUCCGGGCUUCUCUGGCCCGCGCUGCAGGUUGCCUAUCCUGCCUCAGGGAUGUAGCUUCAACUCCACCUGCAAGGAUGGCACCUCUUGUGAGGGUGGCCCCUUAGGCACCAACUGCAGUUGCCAGGAGGCUGGCCUCAGAUGUCAGAGGCUCGACCAACCCUGUGAAGCCAGCCCUUGUUUGAAUGGGGGCACCUGCCAGGUGGCCAGUGGCAUAUUUGAAUGUACUUGCAGUGCAGGAUUCUCUGGCCAGUUCUGUGAAGUGGUGAAAAGCCUGCCUCUGCCUCUGCCGUUCCCACUGCUGGAGGUAGCAGUGCCCGCAGCCUGUGCCUGCCUCCUCCUUCUCCUCCUGGGCCUUCUCUCAGGAAUCCUGGCUGCCAGAAAGCGCCGCCAGUCUGAGGGCACUUACAGCCCAAGUCAGCAGGAGGUGGCUGGGGCCCGGCUGGAGAUGGACAGUGUCCUCAAGGUGCCACCAGAGGAGAGACUUAUCUAGGCUUGCCUAGCUGCUGGUGCCAUGUCCUGAAGGUCCUAAAGGGUCACUGUAGGACUUCUACCUGGAGAUCCAAGGAGAUGGUUUCCAGAGCUGGGACAUCCAUAGGAUGUGCUCCCAUGGUUGGCAGUCCUUGCUCCUGUCCAUCAUGGACUCAGGAAAUGGGGAACAACUCAGGGAAGCAGAGGAGGCUUUGAGAGUCUGCACUUCUCUGACCUGCUGGGCUGUAUACAGGGCACAUGUGGGUGCCAUGGUAUGACAGGGUGUGUGUGUGCCUGUGUGUGUGUGUGCCUGUGUGUGUGUGUGCCUGUGUGUGUGCGCACACACACAUCUGUCUGUUGAGGAAGAGGAGGAGAGAAGAGAGAGAGAGGAGGGAGAUUGAGAAUGUACAUGGGGAUAUGUUGGUCUGCGGAUUGUAAUGUGUUAUGACUGUGCUGAGGGCUUCAUGUCUGGGGACAACCCAGAUGGAUACCUCUGAGACAGGGGCAGCCCAAUGCUGCACAUUCUCUAGCAUUGGACAGGGCAGAGCUUACUCAAGCACCUAGGCUUUGGUCUUGACAUCUUGAUCACCCUCCGAGGACAGCCCUUAUCCUGAAGAAGCUGGGAAACGAAGACUUUCCUUGGUUUCCAGAACAAAAGCCCUUUUAGGCAGAUCUGAUGGACAGUGUCAUGGCCAUGUCUGUUGGGCAGGUCUGCAGGAACCAAGGAGCAGCUAGCUGCCCUGGGCUGUCCUGCCUGCUGUGGGCAUUUGCCAGAGUGGAGUAACCUGUCUGCCUACCUCACACGGUUAUUCUGAGGAUCUGAGAGACAAACAGGCAAAAGUCCUCCAGUCUGAUGGAAAGAACUGGCUGCCCUUUUGGGUGUUGGAAAGUGUCUCGCCUGCCUAGAGUUGAAAGGGCUUCUUGGAACCCUGGCAAGGAGGUCAGAGGGGUGGAAGAAUGGAGAUGCCAUUCUCCUCUGUCCCUGGCCCCUGCAAACCCACUAUCUUGUGGUUCUCUGGCACAGGCUGUCCCUUUGCCUGCAGUUCUGUUGCCAAGGAAGGCCUCAGUUGUGUGCCAAACAACAGUGCACGGCAGAUGGACAUCAGACAGCCUCUACAUUGGCUCUCGGGCCGCCGAAGUCGAUUACAUCCUGUGGCUACUCAGUGCGCUUGACUUCUGACACCCCCUCCCCCAGGGCAUUGUCCUACAGGUCUAGCCUCCCACGAACUCCCCAAAGCCCUCUGACUUGGAGACGCGUCCUUUGUCAUCCUUGUUCACCUCCUUACUGGAGUUUCCACAUGCAUAUGCCAGGCGACUUUCACACAAGGAAGCUGGGUGUUUCCAGGUCUCAGUUGCCUUUGCCUUGGAAGGCACAGACUUGGGGGAGCCAGGGGCCCGGUAGGAGCUUUGAUAUGAGACUCUUGGAUGCUAAGCUAGGAGAGUCACUUCGUUCUUACCCUGUAGUGGUGGGGCCACUUUGCCCCCAGCUGUCUCCAUGUCCCUCAGGAGAGGGGAGAGGAAACUGGUCCCUGGAUGAACUGUUGCAGUUGCCAGCUCCUGUGGAAUGCCAACGUAACAUUCCAGUUCCACCACAGUGUCACCAAUGUGGCCUGCACAAGUACUCCCUUGGGGUAGAUGCUGUUCUUGCCUAGAUAUGGGGGAGGGGUGGAACUUGUUCCUUCAUAUAGUUCUGCCCCCCUACCCAUUCAUAAUUUCCUCACUGGGAGGGACAGUGUAAGUGGCUCAGAGCCUCAAGCGUGCAUAGGCUGGAGUACAGUGACCUCUGCUUCUGCAGAAUGGCUGGUGGAGAUGGCUAAGUGCCUGCUCAGGCUUCCCAACCCCCAGAGCUCCUUGAAGGACUCAGGACUACAGCCCCCUCCCCAGUUUUAUUGACCACAAAUAGAGUGCAUUGUUGGGACUGCAAAUUCUACCCAGUGAAAUGGACAGAUGACAACAGACGUGCACUGGCUCCAGUGGACCACAGGUGUGUGCAUUCCCAGGCUGCCCGACACCUUGUCACCCUACUGGCCCACUGGGCUGGGGCACUGCCUCAUCUUGGGUGGAACCCAGAAUUUGCUGGGAUGGAGGAAGUGAAACUGAGGUCUGUCCUGGAACACCAGAAUGCCAGGAGGCUUCCCAUGACCCAGGUGAGACUCCAUUCCCCAGCAGCUGAGCGCACCUCCAAGACAGAGCCCUGGGGAGGGCGCAUCUCUGGCCUAGGCCUCAGGGACCCAUAAACAACCUCUUGGACACAGAGAGGGUCCCUAAAGUGACAGGGACCUCUGAUGAUCCAACCUCCUUGUUCCCAACCCCCAGAAACCCUGGGGUAGGCUGUCUGACCAUUUACACGUAGGAAAUGAGAAACCAGGUCAAAUGUGCACAAUUUCCUGCAUGUCUCUGAUGGAUGUUUUCUUAAACCGUUAGUCUGUGUUUUACCUUGGUUUAUUGAAAGGAAUCAAUUUUCAAGAUUCAUCAAAUCAAUAAGGUAAAAAGGAAAAGCAAGAUCAAAGAAACAAUAACAAAACAUUUCAUUAUAA